AGCGGCCCCUAUGGACGGCGUAGAGGCUUGCUUUGAGAGUGUUCGGUCAUUCGUUUCAGAGGUUUUUCAAUAUGGCUACUAAUGAAAUUGUUAGUGAUUAAAUUAUUGAUAGUCACAACUUGCUAACAUGCUUGUACUUUUUAUAAUUGGCAUAUUUACGUAGUUUAUCAAUAAUGCUAUUAAAGGUCUCCUAAAUAAAAGUUAUGUUCUGAAAAUAUACUGCAUAGUAAGGAUCCCGAAUAGCCUGAAGGUCGUUUUGACGUUAGGCUAUGGGAGCCCAGCAGGGCAAGGAAAACCGUGGAAGUGGAUCUUCGGUUGGCAGUGGACAUGGUGGAAAGACUGGGAAGAGCUUUAAAAAUAGAUCUAAGGACUCUAGAUUAUCAUCAGUUUCUGGAAAUAUAUUUACAGAACACAAUGAAGCCCUGAUGCAAAGCAGGCCUUUGCCAGAUAUUCCUGACUUUGGAGAUCAUAUUAGCAACUUAUCCAUCCCUAAUGAUGGGUCAUCCCGGUGGAUGUCCAAGGAGAAUCUCCUGGCUCCUGAAGACUCUGAUCCCCAAUUGUUUGUAGCACUCUAUGAUUUCCAAUCUGGUGGAGAUAACCAACUUUCUCUCAAGAAAGGGGACCAAGUACGAGUGCUAUCAUACAAUAGAACAGGUGAGUGGUGUGAGGCACAGUCACGUUCAGGUCAAGUUGGUUGGGUCCCUAGCAACUACAUCACUCCUGUCAACAGUUUGGAGAAACACUCCUGGUACCAUGGGCCCAUCUCUAGAAAUGCAGCAGAGUACCUACUAAGCAGUGGGAUCAAUGGGAGUUUUUUAGUCAGAGAAAGUGAAAGUAUUCCUGGUCAAAGGUCAAUAUCUCUCCGUCAUGAUGGACGAGUAUACCACUAUCGAAUUAAUGAAGAUGGCGAGGGUAAAGUGUAUGUGACGUCUGAAUGUCGAUUCAAUACUUUGGCUGAACUUGUCCAUCAUCACUCCAUGCAUGCCGAUGGUUUGAUCACCAUGUUACUCUAUCCAGCUCCUAAGAGAAACAAGCCUGCUGUAUUUGCUCUUAGUCCAGAACCAGAUGAAUGGGAAGUGGACAGGACUGGUAUUGUCAUGAAACACAAACUUGGAGGAGGACAGUACGGAGACGUUUAUGAAGCUGUCUGGAAGAGGCAUAACAUGACAGUAGCUGUUAAAACACUGAAAGAAGAUACAAUGGCCUUAAAGGAUUUUCUAGAGGAAGCAGCUAUUAUGAAAGAAAUGAAACAUCCAAACUUGGUCCAGCUAAUUGGUGUUUGUACAAGAGAACCACCAUUUUACAUAAUCACAGAGUUCAUGCCCCAUGGAAACUUGCUGGAUUUUCUCAGGAACGCCGUUCGCGAUGAUAUCACGGCCGUGGUGCUAAUGUACAUGGCUACACAGAUAGCUUCAGCAAUGGCUUAUCUAGAAUCCCGUAGUUUCAUACAUAGGGACCUAGCAGCAAGAAAUUGUUUGGUGGGAGAAAAUCAUCUCGUAAAAGUUGCUGAUUUUGGUCUAGCUCGACUGAUGAGAGAUGACACUUAUACUGCACAUGCUGGGGCCAAGUUUCCAAUUAAGUGGACUGCUCCUGAAGGCCUUGCUUAUAAUAAGUUUUCUACCAAGUCUGAUGUUUGGGCUUUUGGCAUCUUACUGUGGGAGCUGGCCACAUAUGGAAUGUCUCCUUACCCUGGGGUUGAGCUAACAGACGUUUAUCAUAUGCUGGAGACUGGCUACCGAAUGGAGUGCCCACCGGGAUGUCCACCAAAGGUUUAUGAACUAAUGAGACAGUGCUGGUUGUGGGAGCCUCUUGAUAGGCCUACUUUUAAAGAUGCUCACCACACUUUAGAAACUAUGUUCCAGAAUUCAAGCAUAACAGAAGAAGUGGAGAAGCAGCUAGAAAGGCAGACUCCUGCACCGUACAGGUCCUAUGGAGAGAGUUCGCCAAAUAUUUUUCAGCGUGAUGAAGAAGGAGAUUAUCCACUAACUGAACAAGGUUGUCAUAGUGGAGGUUCAACCAAACACCAGACCAUUAUCUCCACUAGAUCUACUUUGGUUCAACUUCGAAGACAUGGCCCUCGAAGUAAACAGGCACCUGUACCACCAAAGAGGACCAGCACUUUUCGGGAUAGUGUCUAUCAAGACAAAAUGUAUGGAACAAUCGGACAGGAAACUAAUAAAAAUAUUCUCAAUAAUGGUGGUGAGAGAGCCUUUGAGACUAGUAACAGGAAAGCUCAGGAGAUGAACAGCAAUGAAGAAGGGGAAUGUGAAAUAAGAGAGAGAACUCCUGAUACUGAGGAAUCUGAUACUCAUACAGCAGCUUCAGUUGCUAGUGUUCCAGCAAUGUCGCUAAACCAGCAACAUUCUCAGCAAAAAUUGAAAAAAGCAAGGACCUACCCUCCUAAUAUUCAGCAACAUAAUAAUACAAAAGAAAACAGUUCUUCAAAUAAAGCAAGAGAACCCAAGAAAGUACAAGUUGCAGCUCUAGAAGUUCAAAAUGUGAAACGAGCCAUUAAUCGAUAUGGGACACUUCCCAAGGGAGCAAGAAUUGGUGCAUAUUUAGAUUCACUCAGGGAGCAUGGUCUCCAUACUGGAGCUAAGUAUCCUGAGCCUGUUGUUGAAAGUGAACCACAAGCUUUUAGUGACAUAGGAUGGGAAAGUGCAGCUUUAGAUCCACUUUCCCAGAAACAGAAUUUUAGCAACAUAAAUAAUACUCAUAAAGGAGAAACUGGAAGCCAUUUCUCUUCUAGAUAUCCUCCUCCAAGUCGGCAUAGACACGAAUAUGAUGGGGUUCAUCAUUCACCUCAUGCCUUUCUACAAAGGCAAAAGUCAGAUCUCACGUACUCCAAGAACAAUGACACAUUUGAAACAGGAUCUAUUCCAGACUCUAGACACCUUAGUUCAAAGCCUAUUCCAUCUCCUAGACUUCCUAGAAGUCAGAGGGUGGAUCGAAAAUCCUCUCGUGAUGGAAGAAUUGAAGGACCACCUUGCAUACCCCAGGAGAUAAGAAAUAUUCACGAUGUUGGUACUAACAGUGCUUCAAAUGCUGGUGGUGAAACCAGUUUUCGAGAUUAUUCUGGUAGUAGUUACCCCCGGAAUAAUAUUAUUUCAGAAUCCAGAAAUGUUGAUUCUCAGUCAUUCUCAUCUCCUUUUAGUUCUAAUGUCUUUCGAAGGACACUCACUAAAAGACCAAAAGAAAGACCUCCAAGUCCUCCAAAGAGCCCACUUGUAAAAAGUGGUUCAAUUGAUGAUCAGUUAGGAUGGAAACCUGAGAGGAUUUUUGAUCAGAGUCCAUCAGAAAGUGCACACACUGUGACUCCACUAACUUGGAGUGCUAGUGUAGACAGCCCACUUCCUCCUGGAAAAGUCAAAGUCCCAUCGGGGAGUCCAAAGUCAUCAUGGAAUAUUGUAUCUCCCCCUCCACCACCUCCUUGCCCAGAAGGUUUUCCUCCUCCUCCUGAUUUUGUAAAAGAUUCUCUGGAAUCUUGCUCUGAACAGCAGACUGUGAUUGAAGUUAAAGCUCCUUUAGUUGCCAAGGCAUCACAUAAUAAUCAAACUGCCAAGAACCCAGCAGCUCAGCUAGUCUCAGAACUCUUUGAGAGUCUUAAAAUGAAAGCCAGAAGAAGAGCUGUAGAGAUGGGAGAUGCUUCUUCUCAAACCACUGAAGAAGUAGGAAGCUCUGCAGAAAUAUCAAAAGAUCAGUCAGCUGUUGCACUGUCUCCUAAAAAGCAAAUUCCUUCUGUAGACUUACCUGUAAAAUCUGAAUCUGUAAAUUGCUCUAAGUUAGGCUAUCAACAAGGAAAUGAGCUUUCCAAAAGAAUCAGCUCAAUAUUUGAAGCCAGCUCAAAUAGGGAAAAAACAACUGGAGAAUCACAGUCACAGUUUUAUGUGCCCAGCAAUAGACUCAAAAAGAAGACUCAAGAUAAUAUAGAAAAAAGUGUCAGUGGAGAUCUUGGCCAAAAAAAUUUAGUUAUACCAAAACUCAAAAGCAAACCUCCUGAUAGAGAUUUGGUAGAAAUCUGCCAACCAGAUAGAUGUGAAGAAGAAGAAAGAAGACAUAGUUGUGGAAGUAUAACAAGUUUGAAGAAAAUCUGGGAGAAAGAGAGCUCAAAACAGGAGUCGGAGCUAAAUGCUGAUGGUUCAUGCAUUGACAGUCCAAAAGUUGUGGCACGUCGACCAGAAUCACUGAAAAUAGAAAGAACACAGACUUUGGAGCUUGGAGAUGAUACUUUUAAAAGUGGAAACUAUGAAACUGAACCUGUACAGAAAGCAUCGCCAACCUAUGUUAAAGAAAGUACUACGUCAAAAGCAUUGUCUCAAGCAUCAUUAAUAGGUGAACAAACAGAAGAACUAACUAAUCAAGAAGAUCAACAGAGUCAUUUAAAAACUUCCCCUCAAAAUAAAGAAACAGGAGGACAGUUAUCCCCAGCGAUUCCUAAACCAGCAGUUCCAUUGAAACCACCAGUAAAAGGAUCUCGAGCUGUUUUGCCUCCAGGUACCAGACCCUCUAAAACAAGUAAUAAGCCCCAGGUUUUUCCUCGAGGAGGUAUAGGGGGGUCUCCAUCAUCGCAGGCUGAUGACGAAACACACGAUAGCAUAAGCAGCAAAGAAACUAUAUUGGAAAUUUCUACAGCACUUGAAAAUAGUAUUCAGUUACUGAAAACAGCUACAUCUCUAAGCAGUGGAAACGUAAUGCAGCUGUCGGAUAAAGUGCAACUUUUUCGAACUUCUUGUGGCAACUAUGCAGAAAGUAUCCCUCCACAUGGGAGAUUUCGCUUUCGAGAAUUGUUAACAAAGUUAGAACGACAGGGUGAACAGUUGCGCACAUGUAGCAGUAAUAACAGUGCGUUCAGUUCCAGACUUUUUGAAGAAUUACAAAACACGGUGAGGGACUUGGUAAAUAUGGUCCAGAGGUGAGCAGUGUGGUCAAUAUGUAUAAAAACGUAUAUCAACUCUCAUUUAUAUAUCAUGAUAUGUGUAUGAUUAGUUUCUUGAUUUACUCAUGAAUUCCAGCAUAAGAAAGUGGGAUACAUGGUCAUCUAGUCGUAACUUUUGCUCAUUAGUGAAAUGGUGGUGAGAAAAGCUGACAAACUUACUUAUAGUUACUACAACUUCAGCUGAGAACUGUCGUAUGUACGCUUUAAAUUUGUGAUUUACACAUUGUCCAUGAGAACCAGCCUAAAAGAUCUCUACUACGUGAAUUAGAUCCCUUAAAGUGCUUUUGAGAAUGGAGUUCAACUAAUACUUGUCAUGUUAACACAGGUGUCAUUUUUAUCCUUAGAAAAUAGUAUUGUAAAGAUAUAUUGAUAAUCCAGGAGAAGUGUAAGAUACAAAAUGUCGGGUAUUUAAUAAAAGUAGAGAGCAAAGCUAUACAAUUAUUCAUUCAGGGUUUGGUACAAUAUUACUCUUUAUUCUCAAAGAAAAUUAGAUGUGUGUGUGUGUGUUGAGUCAGUCAUGGUUCCUUUCAUCUGUGAACAGUUGUUAACAUAGUGUCACAAACAAAUAUAUUUUGUAGUUUAAAAAUUGAUGUGUGUCGUUGUCCCCCCCCCCCUCCAAGGUAAAUUUGUGGUUUGGACACACUUGCCUCGCAAUGAGACAGUUAAGUGCAUAUUUCUAGGCUAAAGCUACAUUGAAUCCCAUUUAACUUUCAUUGUGAGUUAAUGCUGGUCAUAAGGUAAACUCUGUUGUACGUUUUAUGGUUAAGAGUAUUUAAGAAUUGAAUGUUUACUAAUGUGGCUCUAUCAGAUCCAGCCCAUUGUUGUUUUUGCCCUUAUAAACAAAUAUGUGGAUGUAUUAUAUCUGUGUAUUUAACUUAACCUUGUGCUACAGUGUCUGUACUAGUUUUUGUGACAGGGGUUAGUGGAUGAAUUCCUAAUAUGUAUAGCAACAUUUGCAUUUCCUUUCAUAAUAAAGAAAAUUCAGGUUUCGAAAUUUUAUCUCACUCAAUUCAAAUUAUCUUAACUUUGUGGGUGGGAAUACAAAUUCUCAUAGGGUUGGCAGUACAGGUGGAGUCGUCCAGUUAGAACUUUGAGCCAUAUUACUUACUUCCAUUGGCUUUACGUAAUGAUAAUAGGACAUUGAGGGCACUUUCUAUUUGAUGCCUAUCCUUUACCUUUGUCUUGGGGGGAGAUUUCAGCUUAUAUAUGUCAUAGCACCUUUUUUAUGCACAGUUCGCCCUUUAAUUUCUCUUUUGACCUGUAUUUGACCUGUACAUAUUUCGUGGUUUCUUUUACUGCAAUAUAAAAUGUGAAGCCAGAAUUAAGUUUAGUGUGAGUAUGGUUUUAUAUGUAUAUUACAGGAAAUAUUUUGUGUUUUUUUGUUGGUUCUUUUGUAAGUUUCAAAUAAUUUUAACUUCAAGCAGUAGACAGGCCCAUUUAAGAGAAAUUGUACUUAGUAUGAGAAGAUUUCUUGGGAAAAUAGAUGAAUUUUUUUUUUAAUAUUUAUUGAUAGGAACCUGUAGAAAACUGUUUAUAUGAGCCACUGUUUUGCUCUGAAGACUUCACUGGGACCGAAAACCGUUGUGUGUCUCGGAACUUUACAUAUCCUUUUAGCCCUGAGCAAAAUGAUGUUAUGACUUUCUCAUGUCUGUGUUCUUUAUUUAGGCCUAAUGAAACUGUAAUGGCAAAAUGUUGGCUUAAGUAAACUCUAUCGUCUGGAGUAAUAAGCCCUAUUUCAUUUAUCCUAGAAGUUGGAAAUUCGUCAGUCUGCUCCAAAAAUCUUCAUUGUAAUGUUUUCAUUAGUGGUAAAAAUUUAACUGUUGAACUAUCAUUCACACCAAAAGUGUUUCAGAAACGCGUGUUAUGUAGUUCUGUGUCACAAACACGUGCUAUGCAGUACCAAUAUUUUGAAAAUUAAAAGUGCUCUCUAUCAGUGAAGUCGUGAACUUUUGAUCAGUAUAUAUAUAUAUGUGUGUAAAGAGUGUGUUAAACGUUCAUAAGUAACAGUUAUGAGGAAAUUGGAUACAGUGAUUAUGGCGACUUGUUUAUCUGUUCGUUAUAUUGUUGCUUGCUCAUUAAAUAAUCCCUUUUUUUUAGUUCGCUUUUGUCUGCGACCAGUGUAUGCAAACUUGUACACAUUAUUAAUCACCUUGUUAAAACUUUUUCUCUGUUUUUUUUGUAUUUUUUUAUAUCAAGUCUGUUAAAAGCGAUUCAUCUCUGUAACUUUGGCUAGAUGGUGUUGCGUGCGUUUAUUAUGAGUGAAUGUAACAUCAUCUAACUUUCUCUGUAAUAUGAUAAGACAAACUGCCACAAAAGUAUCGUAAUUCAAAAAUCAAGCCUUGUUUAUUGGAUGGAAGUUUUGAAAAAAUGUCUUUGUCUAAAAACGAACAUACGCAUUGGACUGUUUGAUACGUGAAAAUGACGCUGAAGAAACGAGUCGUAUUUAUGAGUGAUUGCCUAAGUUAACAUUAAACAUGGAUUAUGUUAUAGCAGAUAUGUAACUAAAUUUGUAUUUUAAUGUCAGAAAGCAUGUGAAUUUUUGGUGUAUUUUAACUGUAUAUCAUGGAAGGUUGUUUGUGAAAUGUAGAGAUAGGUUUGUUCUCUGUGCCUUGACCUGUAGGCGUGUCUUGUACCGAUGUUCAGCACUAUAAUUAUCGGCAUUCUUUCCUCUUUCAGUACUUUCCCAAAGCGACUAAUCAAGACUCGGUAAAAUGGCAAUAAUCCACACUUGGAAUAUGUUGUAGGAACGUGAAGGUUAAGCGUGUGAUUGUAUAUAGAGAGAGCAAACUUCCUUCUCAAAACGGUCUUCAAUAAACUCUUCUUGAGAACAUAUCAGUUCUUAUGUUGCUUCAACAAUCCCUAAUGCUAGCGAAAGGUAUUUUGCCUACUUAAUACAUUUCUCCACUGUUAAUGUGUUGCCAUUAUUUUAGUUCACCUUAGUUUCGUUCUAUAAGAUACCGUUUAUAAAGCUUUAGACAGCUUAUCCUAUUUCUUGCAUCGUAUACAAGAGAAAGUUUGAGGCCUGGAGCUUUUGUUAUUUUACAGGUAUUUAAUUAUAUUAAUCAAGGACCAAUGUUUUAAAAACGUGGUUUUAGGUUGAAAUGUUUGUGCUCAGGAUUGUACUCUCUUGGUGAUCUGAAGGUGUCUUGUUGUAAAGCAGUCUUUGCGUUGAGUUUUUUACAUUUAAUCCUAACUCGUAAUGUUUAUAAUUGAUUAAAUUGAAACAGAAAAGGCUAUUAUUUAAUCGUUUUUAGAUGAAUGAGAAUCACUGACUCUAUUGAUAACAAAGUAGCGGUGUCAAUUUCGUAUGAAAGAUUCGUAUUUUUGAAAUUAAAAUGGGUCAUAGUAACACACUUCAUAAACCUUACAUUUUACCAGUGUGUUUGAGUUAAGAACAAAUGACUACUAGACCUAGAAUUACCUGUUAAGUGUGUUGCACAUUCGCGUAUCUAAAACUAUUUUAUGUGUAUUGGAGUUUUCUCUUGUGUUUGUCUGUGUGCAUAACAGUAUUUCUUUUAACCCUUACUCAAAUCCUUGGCAGAUUGGUGUUUUUUUUAAGUAUUUAUUCUGUAUGUAAACAUAAUUGAAACGUUAUUUUACGAUUUAUGAUAUUCAGGUUCCAUAACCCACGCUUUCGGUCGUCUUUUAGAAUAUUCGUGAAAUUUACGAUAAUUGUAGUGGUUGUACUAUUUUAUAUUUCGUGUAAAUAUAUUGUCUUUUAUCUUUUCUUCCUACUUCUCAUCUCGCGUGUUUUGAUCAGGGGUAGAAACUAAUUAUACUACUUCUACAUUUCAUUCUAAUGUGUGCUACUGUGUAAACAUUUCUUCAAAACACGCUGUCAUGACUUGUCACAUGUCUAUACUUGAAGACCAUUUCGUGUAUGUAAGAACGCGGUUCCCACCCUACCGGUAGCACUUUUAAUCGUGAAACUCCACAAACUGGAAAAAGAAAAAUAGUUCUCUGCACCACCAGAGAACUACAUAAAACUACAAGUCCAACACGAGUAUAUCGCAAUGGAUACUACUAAAUAAACAGGAAAAAAAGUUUUUUUUAUUGAAAGUACAGUGUGUGAAUGAUAAAUCAUAAAUCAUUAAGACAGUCUAAUACUUUUGUUGUAGGUAGCUUAAGUAUAUAAAUAAAUAAAUAUAUAUAUAUAUAUAUAUAUAUAGCUAUGUAGCUGACUAAUUUAAUGUAACAUACCUUUAUGAAACAAAUUGAACAUUUGUAUAUAGUUGAAGUGUCUAAUAUACUAAUCAGUAAAUGUUUCUUAUGGAUGCCUAAUUUUGACUCGCGCUGUAAAUUGUAGAUUUUUCUAAGUAUUAGUUCCCAUCAGCGUAAUAAUUUAAGAUUAAAUCAAAUGAGAAGUUAAGUUACAACGAAUUGAUUUUGUUUCAGCACCACGAAAGUGUUUCUUAUUUAUAAAUUUCUUUUGCGUAAAAAAAUGAAUGGCUUGUAUUGGACUUUUUUUAAACGUCUGGUAUGGAUUUUUUUUUAUUUAGUCCUCUUUGAACAGAAUAGAUAAUGCUUGAUAUAAAUACGUCAUAUCAAAGUAAGAGAUUGAACACUUCCGUAAUACUUAGGCAGCAUAACGUCGACCACCAUGUUUGUUUAUCUUUCUGAACACAAAUGGAAUUCCACCGUUAUCACAAUAGACUGUUUGUUUCAAAGUAUGUUCAUUUCAAGAAGUAACUGUGAUUGUUUUAUUUUUAUUUUUUUGUUAACUAUCGUUGCUCAUAUUAGACAGCAGAUAUUAAAUAGUUGUGAAUAAAAUAUACGACACCAGUUUG